CCCAAUGCUGCACUUCAUCUCAUAACAUAUACGUGUUUCUCGCAGCUCUACUAUUGGAGGCUUGCCCAACAUGGCGUUUGCUGGCGUAUCUCUCAUUGCUGACGGCAAGCUGUGCGCCUCCACCAAGUCGACCAUCAACUCCGGUGCAGAUAGUGGGUACCACUUGAUCGUUGUCGAAGGUUACUUGCGCACCAAAGAGACAACUCCCAACGGCGAAUGGAUCAAGUCUCGUCCUUUCAUUGUUGGAGGCCGUCGCUGGACCAUCGACUACCACCCUAAUGGUUUUGACGAGGAUUAUGAAGAAUUUAUAUCGGUUUUCCUUGUCCUUGAAGACGAUACCGGGCCGAGCGUUAGGGUUCAGUGUGCCUUCAGUUUCAUUGACCAGCCCGAGUUACGGGUGCCAAAGCACAUCCGCCAAAGCGAACCUUUUUACUUGGAUGAUUCUUUUGAUGGCCAGUUUGAUUUCAUGAAAAAGGAGGUUUUUGAAAGAUCAAGGCAUCUCAAGGACGACAGCUUCGUCAUCCGGUGUGACCUUGUUGUCCGCAAGUCGGCCGUGAACAAGGAGGAGGAGGGGACCGCCGCUCUUCCAUUCACCGAAUUGCCACAGGCCGACUUACCAAGCCAUCUUGGCGAUCUCCUCCUGAGCAAGGAGGGUGCUGACGUCACGUUUGAGGUUGACGGCAAGGAGUUCGCUGCGCACCGGUGGAUGCUUGCAGCCCGAUCUACCGUCUUCAAGGCACAGCUCUUUGGCACCAUGAAUGUGGACAAUGCUACGUCCAGUGUUGUCAAGAUAGACGACAUCAAAGCAAACGUAUUCCUGGGCUUGCUUACUUUCAUCUACACCGAUGGAAUGCCUGAAUUCAAGCGUGGCAAUGGCGAUGAGACUGAUGACACGGAACAGGAUGAUGACACAGAAGAGGAUGACAUGAAAAAAGACUGGCUGCUACAGCUCCUUGAAGCUGCAGAAAGAUAUGGUCUCCAAAGCCUCAAGUCAGUCUGUGAAGAGAAGUUGACCGAAUUGAUUUGCAAGGACACGGUGGCAGACAUCAUUGUCGUGGCUGAGCGGAACCGGUGCCUCUGGUUGAAGCAUUCCUGCUUGGAGUUCGUCAAAACUAGCACAAAUUUGCACACGGUUUUCACGGCUGAUGGGCUGGAGCAAAUAAUCAGGACCUGCAGCCCCUCCGUUCUCAAGGAGCUUCUCUCCAAGUUUGCUUCCUGA